AUGGAAGAAACAUUUGAAAGAAUUCGUGCUCAAAUUAAUUCAAAACUUGAUAAUCAAAAACAAAUAGCAAUAACAUUAUUGGCAAUAGAAGAAACCAUAAAGGAACAAAAUGCCAUAUUAAGUCCAACUUCUUACUUUGCAGCAUUACUUACAACAUUAGAACAGCAGCAAACUCGUUCAGAAGAAAAUGUAAUCGGGUCAAUAUUAUAUCUAUUAAAUAUCGUAUUAAAAGAAACCCCUUCAACAAUAUUAAAAAGUAAAUAUUCAACAAUCUUGUUGGUGUUAAAUGAUUCUUUGGAGUUGAGAAAAAAUGAUUCGGCCAUCAUAAGGAGUAUCAUUGGUUGCUUAGAAAAUUUAUUAAUUGUUCAAGAAAUAAUUAUUUGGCAACAAAUUCAAACAAAGAAAAUUUUUCAAAAUAUAUUAUUACUUUCUUUGGAUCACAGACCCAAACCACGGAAAAGAGUUCAUGAUGCUAUCAAAAAAAUCUUAAGUUCGAUAAUCUCAUCGGACGGGGGAAAAGCUGGUCCGAAUAAACAUCCUGCGAUUAUCAUGACAAUGGAAUUUUGUACAAAAGUACUUAAAGAAUAUAUUAAAACCGAUCAAACUUCCGUUAUAUACAUUUUAAAUUUAUUAAAAGGAAUAAUUAACAUAUGGCCGAUCGAUAAUCUUUAUUCAUUAUGUGAGAUAUUAAUAUUUAUACCUAAAUGUAAUCAAAAAUAUUUAACCAUAUCAUCAUUUCAAUUAUUUGAAGAAUUGUUUCAAAAUAAUUCAAAAGGUUUCAUCCUUGAAGAACAUCAAAAAGGAGGUGAAGGGGUGGUAGAACAUCAUAAUGAUAGAUUUAAGGAGUUAUUGGUAGCAUUGAUGGAUUUAAUGCCGAAUGUUAAAGACCCUCAACUUUUACCUCAAUGGUUGAUGAUUAUAACAAGAGGGUUUCCAAUUUAUGUAGAAUGUAAUAAAGGUGAAAGUGAAAAGAUGUUACAAGAAUUUUUCAUAAGGAUUUUUGGAACAUUAGAAAGUGAUAAUUCUGAUAUCAUUAUAAGCGCCACUUUAUGUCUUUGUGAAUUGAUUUCAUCUGGAAUUACCGAUGACAUGAUCCAACAAACGUUAAAUGAUAAAGAUCAAAGACGAGGUUGUUUAAAUGUUAUCAUUUCAACGGUGGAAGGUGGAUUCAUCAUAAAAUAUAAAAAUUCUUGGCCAGGGAUUUUAGAGAUUUCUAAAUCAUUAUUUCAAAGGCUUCAUCGAUCUUCACGAAAAUUACUCGUCAAUUUAUUAAAGAUCGUGACAGAUGUUAGAAUGGAUCAAUCUUUCGAAUUAAAAGAAGAAGCGGAUGCGGUGAUAGGUUUCGCUAUAGAAAAUAUGGGACCAAGAUAUCUCUUAAAUAUAUUACCAUUAAACUUGGAAUCACCUGGGAUCAAGAAUCAUACCGGUAGAGCUUGGUUAUUACCUUUGCUAAAGGAUCAUAUUGUAAAUUCAGAGUUGGAAUAUUUUUUAAAAGAAUUCCUUCCAUUGAGCCAAAGGUUGCAACAAAAAUCUUUAGAAUUUCAACAGCAAAAUCGUUUAAUCGAAUCAAAAAUUUAUGAUACUUUAGUACAACAAAUUUGGUCUUUAUUACCAGGAUUUUGUAAUUUACCAACAGAUUUACAAAAAAAUUUUAACAAGUCCCUUGGCGAAUUGCUAAGUAAUAAUAUGUAUCAAAAACCUGAUUUACGUCCUACUAUCUCUUUAGCUUUACAAAAUUUAGUUGAAAAGAACAAGUUAUUAUUGGAUUCUGAGAAAAAUGAUCAAGAAUUAAAAAAAUUAUAUGGUAUUGAUAAAAAUGACGCGAAGAAAAAUUUAGAAUUAUUGACAAAGUUUUCGAAUAAUUAUCUGGCAGUUUUCUUUAAUGUAUAUUCCCAAACAUCACCUGCUUAUAGGGGAUAUCUAUUAGAAGUGAUAAAAAUUUAUUUAACGAUCACUCCUGCAAAGGAUAUUACCACGACCUUUGCCAAAGUCUUAACCGGAUUGUUUUCUCAAGAAGAUUCAACGUUACAAAAGAAAUCUUACAAGAUAAUGAAUUCAUUAGCGGAAACCGAGAAUGGUAAAAUAAUGAUACUAAAUCAUAUUGAGGAUUUACAAAUUAAAUUAAGAAAUUCCACGAUGAAUUCAAAUUCGGCUUCAAAAAAAGAUAGGUUAUUAACGUUAAUUAAUGUGAUCAAAUUACUUCCUUCAUCGGACCUUCAUAUGAUACCUGAUGUAUUAUCAGAAGUUAUAUUAAGUACAAAAGAAGUGAAUGAAAAGGCAAGGAUAAAUGCUUAUGAAUGUUUAAUAAUGAUGGGUAAUAAGAUGAAACAAGGUGGAACUAUUAUUAUGAGUAAAAUUUUAGAAUCCGACCCAUCCUCCUCCUCAGACGUAAUGAAUGCGUCAAUUGAUGAAUUUUUAUUUAACAUGGUAAUAGCAGGAUUAGCGGCAACCACCCCUCACAUGAUAAGCGCCACCAUCACUUCCUUGUCAAGGUUAUUAUUUGAAUUCAAAAAUGAUCUUGAUAAGGAUUCUAUCCACAAGUUAAUUGAUACGAUGAAUAACUUUAUCAAUUGUCCUAAUCGAGAAAUUGUUAAAGCCGCGUUAGGUUUCGUUAAAGUGACAACGAUAUCUUUGGAUGUGGAUAUAUUAACUCCUCAUUUAUCUCAAAUCAUUCUCGGUAUAUUAUCUUGGUCAAAUGAACACAAGAGUCAUUUUAAAGUGAAAGUUAGGCACAUCUUUGAAAGGUUAAUCAGAAGAUUUGGUUAUGAUACCAUCGAACAACAUGUACCUGAAAGUGAUAAGAAAUUAUUAGUAAAUAUUAAGAAGAGAAGGGAACGCGCAAAAAGGAAAAAGGUUGCCACGGAAACAAGGAAGAGAUCAACUUUCAAUAGCGCUUAUGAAGAUGCUUUAUAUGGAAGUGAAAGUGAAUUGGAAGAUACUGAUGAUGAAAAUGAAGUGGGUGGCAUUAUUAAUAAAAAUGGUGAAAUUAAGAAGAAGAACAAGGAAUCUUCAAAGAAAAGGAAAGAUGGUUCAUGGAUUCGAGAAGGAGGUGAUGAAAGUGGAGAUGAUGCACCGGUUGAUUUCUUGGAUAGAGGAAUAAUAUCAAAAGUUAUCGGAUUAAAUCCUUCCAAUACUCGAAAACAAAGAAAAGAUUUUUCAAAAGCAUUCAAAGAAACCCGUGAUGGUAAAAUGAUUAUAAAUGAAUCUGAUGAUUCCGAGGACGAAGGAGCGAAUUCUUCCGACGUUAUGAUGCAGGAAGCCGACAAUCACUUUCUAGAGGCUCAAAAAUCAGGUGAUGGAUUUAUUCGUGGUCAAAGGAAUAAAAUUAAAUUUAAAAAAGGAAAUAAGAAAAAUGAUGACAUGGAUCUAGACAAUAUCGAACCUAUCGACGCUAUUGCGUCAAGAAAUCAAAAGCGUAAAAAUACAAUAAAAAAUACCAAUAAAGUCAUUACGAUUGGUAAAGCAUAUAAAGCCAAAAAUGCUGGCGGUGACAUUAAAAAGAAAGGUCAACCCGAUCCUUUUGCUUAUAUACCCUUAUCAACUAUGUAUAGAAAACACAACCAAAAAGGUCCGAAAAUCUCUGUUACUUCAAAAAGUAAAAUACAAAAACGUAGGUAG